UAAAGCGGACUAGACAGUGAAAUAGAAUACAGUGAGCACACACCUCCCGAUCUUGCAAACGCAAUUGGUGAGCGGCAGAGGCCAGAGAGCUAGCCAAGAAGAUGCUGAAGUUCCUAUCAAAGGUGCGGAUUGAGUUCAAUGCCUUAGACCCUCGUAUAGCCUCUUGCAUGGAGUUCUUAGCCCAAUGCAACGCCCGCAAGGCCAAGGAAUCGAACCCUGCUUGCCAGCUUUUGGUCAAGCGGCGAACAGAUGAUCACCCGCCGCAAAUCACCGUUACUUUUGUCAACGGAGUCGAGGAGGUUUUUGAUGGCACUACUGUUUCUGCUCAAACCAUAAGGAACAUGAUUUUGGAGAAGGGUCAGUUCCUCGAGACUGAGCAAAUGUUCCGUGAAGCUGGGGAGAAGUGGCCUGUUAUUAUUCCAGAGGAAGAGCGCCACCAGCCUGCUCCUGGUACCAAGCCAAGGAAGGCAGAAGAGAAGAAGCAGUGAACCUAAGCCAUCUGUUCUACAUAGAGCUUGGAAUCACUGAAAAUGUCCAUCUGCGACAAUACAAGGGAACCAAGUUUUAGCAAAUCAUGCGAAAGGAAAAAUGAUAGGACAUUGUUUUGAACUGUGUUAAUUAUGUCAUCAAAGUAUGUUUCAAUUCCCUGUGGAAGUGUCGACCGUGGCAGGAAAAUCCUCUCUAUGAAAUGAGUUUGGUGUAUUUUUAUAUGUACCUUUCUUAAGGUUGCUUGCAUCACUUAGCUGUUUUUACUUGGGUUUUCUACUAAGUUUAUGUGCUCUUCCUCUUCUUUGGUUUA